CUUCAUAGCACAAAACAGAACCACUCUGUUCUCUCUGUUCACACUUCAUCAAACUUCAAAUUUCAUUCACCUCCCUUCUGUUUCUGUAUCCAUGCUUCACUCUGCAGAAGCUUCUUCACGGUUCUCUGCAACAUCGCUUACAUAUUCAAUCGCCAUAGACAAAUUUCUAUUCCCCUUUGAGUGAAACACAUAACAUAACACGAGUUGUGGUUUGUUUCUGCAUCAACCCUUCAAGCAAUGGACUCCUUCAGUUUCAAUAACCUGCAAGCAGAGAAAGCCAAAGCCAUGCUCAAACACCGCAAGCUUCGAAGGGUCGCAAGCUUGUUACGCAUCAUCGAAGUGUGUGCGGUUUUGGUGUUGGUUUCAAGGUUCUCCAUGCAGCUUCCGGUUGCAGUGAGAAACUCCGGCGAGUAUUUCAGAGACCUGUCACUGUUCAUGAACAGUCCUCGCUUUGUUUUCCUCGUCGGAAACAUCAUAAUCAUCGCACUCUUCGCUCAGUUCUCCGCUCAGGGUCACAACGUUGUUGUCCCGGAGCCUAAUCUGUACCAAGAGUUUGUUCAGAAUACAACGAAAAACCAAGAAGUUGUGGCAGAGUAUGGAAGAAAGAAACAGAGGGUGAAAACAGGGGAAGCGAAUAUCAGUUUGGGAAAGAGUUAUAGAAGGUGCGAAACGGAGAUUUUGAGGCCGAAACGACGCCGUGUGUUGCGUAGGUGUGAGACUGAGAAGGGAAGGAAGAAGAUCGAAGGUGUUGGUGUUGAUGAGGUGGCGCGAAUUUCUUGCCCUGAAGAUGGAAUGAGCAACGAGGAGUUUCGUCGCACUGUGGAGGCUUUCAUUGCUAGGGAACAGAGGAUUCGAAGAGAAGAAGAUUAUUAUUUAAUGUAAAAAAA